AUGCUGUGGGAUUUAAUCAUCUUUAAGAAAAUACGCUCUGUACUUGGAGGAGAUAUUAGAUUUAUGUUCUGUGGUGGAGCUCCUUUAUCUGCGGAUUCUCAACGCUUCAUCAAUAUCUGCAUGGGGGCUCCUAUUGGCCAAGGAUAUGGCUUGAUAGAAACUUUUGCUGGAGCUGCUUUUUCUGAGGCAGAUGACACAGCAGUGGGCCGUGUAGGGCCACCCCUUCCUUGUUGCUACAUUAAGAUUCUUAUCAAAACAUCCUUGUUGGAAACUCUGGCCUCAAUUUCAGGCAGUGGCUGCAUAACCAUGUCAUUAUCAGACAAAGAAUCUUCGACAAUACAUAGCAGAGAUUUCUUCAUCAAAAUGACUGGUUUAUGGUUUUCGGUCAAUUCACUUGAAGAUGGAGCUGCAAAAUCUGAAACAGAGGAAAGCCAGUCACAAACAGUUCCUCACGAUGCCGAGGCUAUUCCAGUUUCUAAGCCAGUGAGCAUAAGUGCAACUAUUUCCACUGUCUUGGCAAGUGCUGGGAAUACUUUGGAGGGGUCUGUGGCAGAACUUGUGUUGAGUCCUCUUCGACUUGCAUUUGAGACAAAGAACUUGAAAAUCUUAGAAUCUGCUUUGGAUUGUCUUCAUUAUGAAGUGAACGGCAAAGUGGCUGAUUCAAUGCUUGUUAAUACCAUAUUGAUGCUGGUGUAUGUUACUAAGUUUUUUUGGUGGGAAGCUGGAUACUGGAGCACAAUGGAUAUUGCACAUGAUCGAGCUGGUUUUUAUAUUUGCUGGGGAUGCCUUGUAUGGGUGCCUUCUAUAUAUACUUCUCCUGGCAUGUACCUGGUCAAUCAUCCCGUACACCUUGGAACUCAGUUGGCACUCUACAUCCUAGUAGCAGGCAUUCUUUGCAUAUACAUCAACUACGACUGUGAUAGGCAAAGGCAAGAGUUUCGCAGAACAAAUGGCAAAGCUUUGGUUUGGGGUAAAGCUCCAUCAAAGAUAACUGCCACUUACACUACCACAACUGGGGAAACAAAAAGCAGCAUUCUUUUAACUUCGGGAUGGUACGUUUUCAGGCUCUGCCAUGUAAAUCUGAACUAACUGGAUUUUUUUUUCUUCUUGGUUAUGAAUGCGGGGGGUUCAUAACCAAGAAG